UCGGCCAAUAAUUCUGGCGCGUCGACUCCGCGAAUCGAUAGAACUGACUCAGUCGUCAAUUUGACCAAGCCUUCGCUCUAUGGAAUCUACAAUGAUAACUCGUUGCUUAACUUGAACAGCGUAAAUGAUUCUGACUACGACAUUAACCAGUUGCUAAAGAAGGAGCUUGAAACUCCGAAUUCUAAAUCCCAAAAUGGCGGCGGCUCACCAUCCAUAGCUCCCGCCACUUUGGUUGAAUCGAAGGGCUUAUCCAAAUUACCCGUAUUCAUCAAGGUUAUCAUCUUGUCUUUGUCUGCUUUUGUGUACAACGAGAUCACGAAACACAUCAACUACCAACAUUUUGCAACCAACGAGUUAGCAAAUUUCCCUUUGACAGUCACCAACGUGUUUGUGUUCAGUGUUCUUGAAAAAUUGAAGUUGGGCAAUUACUUUAACGUGGACGGAGACUUUGUCAAGUUAGCUGACUUUUUCUUUGCCGUAACUGUACAGGGUUUGAUCAUGGGAUUGAUCCAGCCCAUCAUGGAUAAAGUGUUGCCUGCAAAUUUCUCCAAGAGAUUGUUGUCUUCCAACCCUUUUCCCCAUGCCCAGACGACGUACUCCAACUUGUUUAAUGACUUGCUUCGUGCCUCUGUCACCUUUUUGGGAAUCAGUUAUGCUAUCCGUAAAAUUGAAUGGAGUUCCUUCUUACAAGUCUCCAUCAUCUGGUCAUUGAUGAACCCCGGAUUGUGGUUGUUGUUGGACGGAACGUUGUCCGGUUUUCUUUCCAGCACAAUCGUAUCCCUUGCAGCUUGUGGAAUAGUCUACUUUGAAAACUAUGUUUUUGUGAACCAGUACUAUUCCUUGCAACAGGAAGAUUCCAUUGCCGUCUGGUUGUGGGUGUGCAGCUUCUUUUUCUGUGGCUUGAUCAUCUUUGGCAAGAUCGGCAGAGGGUUGUUUGGA